AUGAGGAAGACAUCUCGUGAAGGUGGCCGUCCUACCCGCUCCUGCGUGUAUGUGUGGCAACUGGAAUACGAUCCUUCUGAUGACGAUCUGGACCUUCCUAGAAACGACUGCGAGCCCAGUACCUCUAGGGAAGCAGCCGGACAGCUCUCACCUCGUCCACUACAGAGAAAACAACCAAGGUGUGAAGAUAACACCAAUGUGACGGAACCUCGGUGCCCCCAGUCUCCCUCUUUUGAGUCCCAGUGCUCCAUCAUCCUCGACAUCGCGGGACCCUUCGCUGCGUGUCACCGUCGUCUGGACCCUGAGAACCAUUACAGGUCCUGUGUGUACGACCUGUGCCUCCAUGGCUCAAAUGAUAAAUGGCUUUGCAGAGCCAUCACCUCUUACGAGAAAGGAUGCAUCCUCGAGGGAGUGCAUGUUCCCGCCUGGCGCAGUCCCAGAAUUUGCCACUACAAGCUAACAUGCUGCGGCGACAACAGCAGCAUCUCAUUCGCACGCUGCCUUUUAUUCAGCGAUGGAUGGGCGGCUCAAUCUUUUCACCUGAAUGAUCCCAACUGCAAGGCCAACCUCAGCCACGGGAGGGCUAUUUUCACUUUCAAUAGUCAUCAAAGAUCCUGCGGCUCGAAGCUCAAGGUAAAUAGAACACACUUUAUACAUUCCAACACCGUCCAGGGAUAUUAUGGUGCAGACAAUGGAAUUGUCCGAAGGAACCGGACACUAUCGAUAGAAUUCUCCUGCACAGUCCCUUUGACAAUUAAUCUGUCCCUGCCUUUGGGGAAAGUUGUGAUGAGCUUUGUAAACAUCGUGCUGCCUACUGGUACCGGCUGCCUCGAAGCGUCAAUGAUUAUGUACCGGGAUGCGCGGUACAGCCAGGCCUACACCGAGACACCCAUCUUCCUCGAAGUCGGGAGUAAGGUUUACAUCGGGAUUCAUGUCCGGGACCUUGAUGCUAACCAGUUUGUAGCGACACUGGAGAACUGUUGGGUCACUCCCAUAAGUGACCCGUCAUCACACGUUAAAUGGGCACUUGUAACCAAUCAGUGCCCGAAUGCUGUCAGUGAGGUGGUGAUCGAAGAAAGCGGCGUCUCCUCGAUCUCCCGAUUCAAAUUCUCAGCUUUUAAAUUUCAGGGCGAUGUGAAUGAUGUCUACCUGCAUUGUCAAAUUCAGCUGUGCAAUUUCAGAUCGACCCAGUGCUCCCUGAAUUGUCCACACCAGAGAGUCGCUAGGACUGUUAGAGGCAUGAAGCAAACAGGAAUUUUCACCAUUGGCCCACUCACAAAGAUGAGUAAUGCAGAUUUCAUGGUCGAUGGCAACCACGUAAUCUUAAGCUCUCCAUGACGUCUGGCUUCUUUCUACUCACCUGCCUGUUCCUUCAACAUGUUCAAUAAUUUGAG